CAUUCGGGACGAUUUUGUUUCCCGCAGAUAGGCCUUCUCAGGCGUUUUACUCCGUAUAUCCGACCGCGAUCGACGGUGUGUGACUUCCUGGAAACACGGUACCAUUAAAAUGAUGGAACACGACUCGCUGAAGCUGGCCAGUGCCGAUGACGAUCUGGAAGAUGGAGAGCUUUCCGAUAGUGAUUGUGAAGUUUAUACACCGCUGCAGAGGCCAGAUUUGCCGAAAGCCGACGCGUUCACAGUCGCCACAGCCAGCCACUCGCGACAAAUGGAUAUAGCGUGCGACGAUCCGGAUGACGAUGACGAUUUGCGACUGACUAAAAGUGACUCCGAUGGUAGCUCCGAUGAGAGCGGAAGUAACAUAAGAAUCGGCACCGCAAGCUACACGCAACGAAUGCGUGGCCAAGGAUCCCGCCCAAUGUCACAUCGGCCAGGUCGCAGUCAAGGCGCAAUUCCCCCGAAUGGUUUAGCCCCGGUACCCCAACUGCUGGCUGCAAGACCAAACAAGUACAACAUCUGGACCGAAAGCCUCCAGGAGGACACGCUGAUGGAAACGAUGCGCGGCUGUGACGUUACACCGCACGCACUUCGCAACCGCGACGUGGAGUCAUACGACUACAAACUCAAGGACCGCCUGCAGAGUGGAAACGCGUUCAAUCGUCUGAAACGCAGGCAGUCCAACUCGGACGAUUCCGAUGGAUAUGGAUGUGGAGGGAAGCGGAUGCGAACGGGACGCGAUGGCUUCCCGGAAGCCAAUGACCAGGAGCGGCGCAUUAGUGCGAAGCAACGCAUCGGCAAGCGCAACAGCACCGACACAAACAGUGACGACAGUGGCCAAAGUGCGCCGAGAUUUGCUUUCAGACACAUACCGGACCUGAAUCUCGAUGACGAGUGUAGCAACGAAAAGUUUGCCACGGAGCUGGCCGAAAAGUUGUGCGAAAAGCAAAAGGAUUUGCUAUUGCGCGUAGUGGAGGUACUGGGCAAAGUGAUACCGCUCAAGUUGUUCAAGGAAACGCAAAAGAUUGAAGCCGACGGCGGUAUGCUUGUGAUGAAAGGAUGGCGGCGACGGACGCCAGGAGGAGUUUUUCUUUUUCUGUUGAAACACUGCGAGGAUGUCGAUAACGAGCAAAAGAAGCAAAUUUUUCUCGAGACCAAAAAAGCAAAGCAAAAAGAGUGGAAACUCGCAAAGGCCAACAAUCGUGAUAAGAAAGUGGAGGAACUGAAGAAAACGCUCAACCGACAAGCGACCGAUACCGAGCUACCGACUAUUCCGAUGAUGGCACACCUCAAAGCGGAAACGAAUAGCACCCUGUCUAAUCCACCACCGUCCCCGGUGGGAGAGGAGAACUUUGACGGUAAUCAAGACUUUGAAACGCCGGACAUACUCGUCAAUGUUACUAGCCCUGAGAAGACACCGAUGCAGUCGAACGAGACCGACAAAGAAGAUUCAGAUACCGGCAAACCGGAAGUUGCGAUCCUGAUUGGGCACGGACUGAUGCCGCAACGAACUAUUCAAAGCUACCAGGAAGACUGUCUUGACAUCACGUGCGAUGAUAUGGAUAUGUUUUAGCGAUAACGAUUUGAGCGAAAUUUUACAUGAAACUACUAUCGAACAAUAAGACCAACGGAUGCCUAACACUCAUACGCGCUCGAGAUGACAGGAGCGGCGUUCAGGCGAGAACUAACUGUA